AUGAGUUCUACAGAUAAUGACAGCGAUGUGGAUUUAACAGAGGAUUUAGCCGUGGCCAAGAUCAUCAGAGAGAAUCCUGUUGCUAGAAAAGUGGUUAGGUAUAUUUUAUCAAGAGGAGAGUCUCAAAACUCGAUUAUAACAAGAAACAAGUUGCAAUCUGUUAUACAUGACGCUGCUCACGAGGAGAACGUAGCAAAACUUUCCUUCAGUAAAAUGUUUUUGGACAUAAAUGCUAUACUAUGGAACGUAUAUGGGUUUCAGUUACAAGGGUUGCAAUCAAAAAAUAAUAUGAACAUUGGCAAUAAUAGCGGCAAUAAUAAUAAUAAUACAAAUAAAUCAAUGACCGAGCCAAUGGGACAUAGAGCCCAGAAAUUUAUUUUGCUAAACAAUGUCCCAUACUCAAAAGUUUUUGAAGAUUUCAAGCUUUUACGAAGCGCUCGCACUUAUGAGGAGCUAGUAGUCAACGGAGAGUAUAUCGGUGAUGACAUAGGUUUGGAAAGUUCCAAUACACUAGAAAGCAAGUUGAGUACAGAUCAAGAUCUUGUUUACAAGGGUGUUUUGAGCGUUAUUUUAUGCAUUAUUUUCUUCUCUAAGAAUAAUAUAUUACAUCAGGAGUUGAUCAAAUUCUUAGAGGCAUUUGGCAUUCCAAGCGAUGGUUCGAAGAUCAGUAUACUGAACAUUACUAUUGAAGAUCUGAUAAAAACUUUUGAAAGGCGCGAAUAUAUAGUCAAAUUAGAAGAGAAAUCUGAUACUGUCGGGGAAGUGAUAUCGUACAGGAUAGGCAGAAGGACUCAAGCGGAAUUUGGACUAGGAUCUCUUGAAAUAUUAGUGCAAGAAAUCAUGGGGCUUGAAAAGGACCAGAGCAAAAGCCUGUACGAUGAUAUAAUAAAAAGCAUCGGCGAUUCGUAUUCUAUAUAG